CACUCCUGGACAGAUGACGAACUCAAUCUCAUUUCAUACCUGAGACUGUACCACAACUGGCCUUGGAUUCGUAUCCAGAAAACGUACCUCCCGUCUAUGACGAAAAGCGCCAUCAGUAACGCCUACACACGCACGUCCGAUGAGGACCGGGUUUACCGUGCAUCAAUUGUCGCAUCUCUGACCAAGAGCACGUCUACUACCUCUAGCACUCUGGACAACACAUACCAACAAUUUCUUACUCGUGCCUCUUUCUCGAGAAGACUACCAGGGCCUUCAUCCCGCUCCACCCGCAACUUAGCUCCUCAACCUAGAAGACGCGCCGCCAUCAUUAGCUCGUCCUCAUCGAGUUCGGCAGAAGAAACUCAGACAACGUCCCACAACGUUACGACUCGCUACAACCUCCGACCCAACAGAUCACGGAGCUUUCAGAGGACUGGCGAACCUCUGGAUCAGGUGGACCAGAUACGUUUUCCCCAUUGUGCCAGGACGUGCAGAAAUCUUUCAAGAUUGCACACGGUCCUAGACGAAGAUUACGUACCUCCAUCGCACUCGCCUACGCCAGACUUAUCCGAUCGUAGUCCUUCUAACCUCUCAAGUGCACCUGGUAGCAUAUCCAGCCUGGAACUUUUCGGUCUGGAAGUGCGUCCAGCCGACUCGCCAGAACGC